AUGAAGUAAUAUUCUUAAUGCUCUUGCUGUUAUUCACUUUGCUUUAAGCACAUAGUCCAUUUAAGUAUGAGCCUUCUCCUGAGAAUGCGUUUACUUUUUUUUACAUUUUUGCUUCAGGCCCCUCCCUGGGUUCUCCAUCAUUCCUGCCAGUACCCCACUCUCUGCUUGCAAAGCCCUUUGUCAUCAUUCAGUUAAGAGUUUAAUUUCUCUUCACAUCAUUUUUCUUCAUAUUAGUCCUUGCCACCUCUGGGCAAUUAUGUAUUUACUUAUCACUUAUAAUCCGUUCCUCUUGUUGUUAUGUGUUUUUGAGACAUGGUCUCUCUACAUAGCUCUGGCUAUGCUGGAACUCACUAUGGCCUCAGACUCACAGAGACCUACCUCUGUGCCUCCGCCUCCCGAGUGCUGGGAUUAAAGGUGUGUGCCAUCAACCCAGCUACUUAUAAUACUUUUUAACUAUCUGCUAUCACUUCCCCACCUUUGCUCAGACCCUUCCAGUGUCUUUGCACAGUAGGCACUUAGUAAAUAAGUAUUUCAAAUUAAUCAUCAAAUUCAGUAAGGAUAGGUCAUUCUUAAUGUCAGACUCCUUGCUAAGUCCUAGAAAUGGAGAAGUAAACUAGUACACCUGCUUUCAAGAAUACUGCACAUGAAGGGAGCAGAGAAGUAACAGAAUUAUAGUGUAGGGUAAGGUCUAGGAUGGAGGAAAUACAAGGAAUUGAGGGACAGGGGUAACACCUAACCCAGACUUUGGGAGGUCCCAGAGGACCUUGCUAAAGGAAGUGACAUUUACAUGAAAACUAGGAAGGGGACAAGAGUUUCUCAGGCAGAAGUGAACAGAAUGUGUAACUACGGAAACAAAGAGAACAUGGAGUUUUCUAGGAAUUGAAACCAUUAUGACAGAUCAUAGAUUGUGAGACCAGAGGUUGAGUGGGAGGUAUGAACAAGACACUGCUCAGCCUUUUGGGCCGGUUUAAAGACUUUAUCUUCUGGACAGUGGAGAACCAUUGAAGGAAUUUAAAAGGAGUAAUGGCUGGUGUGAGUGGCAGGAACCAUCUGUGGUCACCAUGGCAAAGAGGGAGGACAGUCCUGGUCCGGAGGUGCAGCCAAUGGACAAGCAGUUUCUGGUAUGCAGUAUCUGCCUGGAUCGGUACCGGUGCCCCAAAGUUCUGCCUUGUCUACAUACCUUCUGUGAAAGAUGCCUCCAGAACUAUAUUCCUGCUCAGAGCCUGACACUGUCCUGUCCAGUGUGCCGGCAGACAUCCAUCCUCCCAGAACAGGGUGUCUCAGCCCUCCAAAACAACUUCUUCAUCAGCAGCCUCAUGGAGGCCAUGCAGCAGGCACCUGAUGGGGCCCACGACCCUGAAGACCCCCACCCCCUCAGUGCGGUGGCUGGCCGCCCUCUCUCCUGCCCCAACCAUGAAGGCAAGGAGCCCUUGUACCGCCAGACGAUGGAGUUUUACUGUGAGGCCUGUGAAACUGCCAUGUGUGGUGAGUGUCGCGCAGGGGAGCACCGGGAACAUGGCACAGUGCUGCUGCGGGACGUGGUGGAGCAGCACAAGGCAGCCCUGCAGCGCCAGCUUGAGGCUGUGCGAGGCCGAUUGCCACAGCUCUCCGCAGCUAUCGCCUUAGUUGGGGGCAUCAGCCAGCAGCUGCAAGAGCGCAAGGCAGAGGCCCUGGCCCAGAUAAGUGCAGCCUUUGAGGACCUGGAGCAAGCCCUGCAGCAGCGCAAGCAGGCUCUGGUCAGCGAUUUGGAGAACAUUUGUGGGGCCAAGCAGAAGGUGUUGCAGACACAGUUAGACACUCUGCGCCAGGGUCAGGAGCACAUUGGCAGUAGCUGCAGCUUCGCGGAGCAGGCAUUGAGACUGGGCUCUGCCCCUGAGGUAUUGCUAGUGAGAAAGCACAUGCGAGAGAGGCUGGCCGCACUGGCGGCUCAGGCCUUCCCGGAAAGGCCACAUGAGAAUGCACAGCUGGAACUGGUCCUUGAAGUAGAUGGAUUGCGGAGAUCGGUGCUCAAUCUGGGUGCACUGCUCACCACCAGUGCCACCGCACAUGAGACGGUGGCCACUGGCGAGGGCCUGCGUCAGGCACUAGUCGGCCAGCCUGCUUCACUCACUGUCACCACCAAAGACAAAGAUGGGCGGCUGGUGCGCACAGGCAGCGCAGAGCUGUGUGCAGAGAUCACUGGCCCUGAUGGCACACGCCUUGCAGUGCCGGUGGUGGACCACAAGAAUGGCACAUAUGAGCUGGUGUAUACUGCACGCACAGAAGGUGACCUGCUCCUCUCAGUGCUGCUCUAUGGACAGCCGGUUCGUGGCAGCCCCUUCCGUGUGCGUGCCCUGCGACCCGGGGACCUUCCACCUUCCCCAGAUGAUGUGAAGCGCCGGGUCAAGUCUCCCGGUGGUCCUGGCAGCCACGUGCGCCAGAAGGCAGUGCGUAGGCCCAGUUCCAUGUACAGCACUGGUGGCAAACGGAAGGACAACCCGAUUGAGGAUGAACUCGUCUUUCGUGUUGGCAGCCGUGGAAGGGAGAAAGGUGAAUUCACCAAUUUACAAGGUGUGUCUGCCGCGAGCAGUGGCCGCAUAGUGGUAGCAGACAGCAACAACCAGUGUAUUCAGGUUUUCUCCAAUGAGGGCCAGUUCAAGUUCCGAUUUGGGGUCCGUGGGCGCUCACCUGGGCAACUGCAGCGUCCCACAGGUGUGGCAGUGGACACCAAUGGAGACAUUAUUGUGGCAGACUAUGACAACCGUUGGGUCAGCAUCUUCUCCCCCGAGGGCAAGUUCAAGACCAAGGUUGGAGCUGGCCGCCUCAUGGGACCCAAAGGAGUGGCUGUGGACCGGAAUGGACAUAUCAUUGUGGUGGACAACAAAUCUUGCUGUGUCUUCACCUUCCAGCCCAAUGGCAAGCUGGUUGGGCGUUUUGGAGGCCGUGGGGCUACUGACCGCCACUUUGCAGGGCCCCAUUUUGUGGCUGUGAACAACAAGAAUGAGAUUGUAGUAACAGAUUUCCAUAACCACUCAGUGAAGGUGUACAGUGCCGAUGGAGAGUUCCUCUUCAAAUUUGGCUCACAUGGCGAGGGCAAUGGACAGUUCAAUGCCCCCACGGGAGUGGCUGUGGAUUCCAAUGGGAACAUCAUUGUGGCCGACUGGGGCAAUAGCCGAAUCCAGGUAUUCGACAGCUCUGGCUCCUUCCUGUCCUAUAUCAACACAUCUGCAGAGCCACUAUAUGGCCCACAGGGCUUGGCAUUGACCUCGGAUGGCCACGUGGUAGUGGCUGAUGCUGGCAACCACUGCUUUAAGGCCUAUCGCUACCUCCAGUAGCUACACAAGGGCCCUGCUUGGCUCGUUGAGGGACGGACAUAGGGGUGAUUGGACAAGAGGGUCUGGCUAAGAGGUGGGCCAGACCCAGCAGCACUGAAUGUGGGCUGUGGGCGUGGGUGUGCCCAGUGCCCUUCCCUUCCUCCCCAACCCCACGGUUGCACUUUAUUUAUUCGGUUCUUGCUUUGGUGACUGGGUGGGCCUGGACUGGUCCCAAGGAUGUGUGCAGAGCUUCACCCUAUCCCCUUUAACACACCCCCCACCUUACACCCUCAGUCUGCUCUCUGCCCCCCAGCCUGGGGCCAGAACAGCCUCUUACUUCAGAACAGAAGUCCCUCUGGUUGUCUCCCUACCACCCCAUACACACUGACAGAGACAGCAAUACCCCACCCCAUAUUAAAUAAAUGUGUUCGCCAA